AUGAUGGUCUCGACUUCAGCCCGACCUGGAACCCUUGUACUGUCUUCCUGUUACGAGGAGGAAAAUGAUGCGCUGAAAUGGAAAGAUAUUGACAUAUAUAUGGUCAAACACCCCGAAGAUGCUGAUGCCCAAGUUCUUCUUAUGAGGGCUAGGCACAGGCUCAACAAGGGAAAGAGAAAUCAAGGAGCCCCGCCUACAUUUACGUAUACUGAAAGAAACGACAAUCUCGGACUAUGUGUUAUCCAGGACAUACUUAUGUAUGCAUUUCUUGAUGAUGCAUUUGCAAGCCCGUACAUCAAAUGCCCUCGUGACAUUUGGCGCUUCACAAACGUCCCAGACCAUCGCCACAGCACUCCUAUUCAUUUCAAGGAUAGCGUGAAAAGCAUCCCCAUUUUCAGGCGCGCUGUAAGAACGAAAUACGGAGCUUGGGUCACUGACUGUAAGGCCGGCUUUUCAUAUUCGCAGGCACAGGAAUACGAAAAGAAGGCUAGCGCAAAGGCUGGAUUCCCGGACGAGGGAUCACUCUACAAAUACCGCAAAGGUGCAGCUGAAAACUUGAGGGACCUUGAUGAGCACUCACGUAAUAUAAUCAUGGGUCAUCGAAAAAGUGCAACGUUCUCAAAUUACAUGUCUGUGUUUAAUGACACUCAAUCCAUUUUCAUGCAAACUCCGACGAGAGAUUCUUUGUUGAAUCUCCAAAAAGAGUCUAUCGAAAUGGAUGCCGAACUUCAAGACUUAAAAAAGGCGGUCAAGUUAACUAGGGACGAACUCAUAUCGGAAUCUCAUAAAUUGAAGAAAGCGGAGGGAGCGUCAGACGCGCGGUUCACUGAAAUGAAGCGUCUGCAACAAAAUAUCCGGACGAGACGAAAACAAUUAGAACGCCGCGCCCAAAAGGUAGCCCGGAAGGAAUUCUUCGAUAGAAUUGGCAACCGGAUCAUCGAGCAAAACCAGCAAGGUACUCCGGUCACUUUCACUCCAGACGUCAGUAAUAUUCAGCCGGAGAGAAUUGCGCUUGCCAAGCUUGAAUUCAAGAACAGGAAUGUCGAUACCAUCGAUGAUACGGAAUUGAUUGAAGACCGCAUUCGAUCUCUCGAGCUAAGACUGAGACUAAACAGCCUUCAUAUUCCAAAGGCCUUGAAAAAGCGAAUCGCUUUCAAAGGUGGACCGAAGCAAGCAUCGAGAAAAGUGGUGGUCCCAAUAGAAAGCUCAUCUGGGCUGGAAUGCCCUGUGUGCUUAGGGAGUACUAGCUUGGAUCCCAUCGCCAGGCGCUAUAAGUACUCACGAAAGGAUGUUCUUCAGCACCAUUUUAAAGGUCAUCGCCUGCCGGACCUUUUCGAAAGCCCGGGUCGCCAAUGUGAUAUUCCUGGAUGUUUGAGUGUCUAUCACGAGGAAAAGGUCAAGACCAAGGAAUCUCGGUCUAUCCAAGAGCAAUGCGAUAGAGUGUUCACUCCGGAAGUAUUGUAUUCCUGA